AUGGAAUACCUAGCUGCUGAGGUCCUUGAGCUUGCCGGUAACGCUGCCCGCGACAACAAGAAAACUCGCAUUAUCCCGCGUCACCUUCAGCUGGCUAUCCGCAACGACGAGGAACUUAACAAGCUCCUCUCGGGCGUGACCAUUGCACAGGGCGGUGUGCUGCCCAACAUCCAAGCAGUGCUCCUUCCCAAGAAGACUGAGAAGAAAUAA